UUAUCCCGGCGACCGUUGCCCAGGCCCGUGACUCAGGUGGUUUGGAUUAAACAGGCGUGAAGACACCUACCUAGAUCCGCAGCAUCACUGGCCACCCGCAGGGCAUCCGUGAACUCCUUGGCUUUCAGCUUCUCCAGAAUAUGGCACUUCAUCUUUGUCUCUUCUGGACAGCACUUCUCCACCAGGCCGAUGAGCAGAACGUUGUUCCUCAUGCUCUUCGACUCCUUCGGCUUCAACCGCUCCUUGCAGGUUGGACAUUUAGAGGGCAGGAAGCCUCCGACGCACCUCCGGCAGAAGGUGUGCCCGCAUGACAUGGAAAGUGAAAAUAAAUAAACCAGGACAGCAUUAAGAAUGGUUCAAACCAGGCCUGUGAGCAUGUUCCAUAACAGAUGAGAAACUCAGAAAGAUGAGGAGGUGGGUGAGUCAACCGCUGCAAAACAAUGUGUAGAACCUCGCAGCGAUUUCUUCCGGCUAAAAUCAAUACACAAAGAGGUAAAAUGGCUUUUAAAUUUUAAUGGCACACAAAUACUGACAUGAAUAAAUGGAAAGCUACGCGAUUUCAUCAAUAAUACUGCACAUGGCUGCAUCUUUGUCCCACUCUUUUUCUUUCUUCCCAACAGUCUUUUCCUGCAGAUUUGUCGGUAGACAGCCUGGACCCGACUCAUCCACAUCCAUGGGUUCGGUUUUCAGUCUCAGGGUGGUGACACCAGUCAGAGUCCUGUUUCCAUCAGCGUCUGCGCCAUCCAUUUGUGGAAGGUCAUCCGGUAGGGAAGAGAGACAACCCUGGAUCAUCUCGACUACCCUCUCCAGAUGUUUCUGGAAGCGCUCUGCUGUUUCCAGUCUCUGCCUUUUCUGCACUUCCAUCAUGACCCUUAACGUCUCCCUGGCUUGGUGGGGUCUGUAUUCAUUUAUCAGGUGGUGCAUGUGAACAAACAGAAGCUUCAGGUCCUCCAGCUUCUCCUCUCGCUUCAUACUCCCAGGGCUCUUGAUGAGAAUGUCCAGAAGGUCCAGAAAGUUCACGAGAAUGGACAUGUUGAGCUUCUUAAGCUCUCGUUUGUGGUCGAACUGCAUCGGAUGAAGUCUCUCUAUGCCCUGGCUCUCCAGUGGCCGGAUGAUGAUGUCGUCACACUGGAACUGGUUGCCAAACAUUGUGUAACUGUCUCUGAUGGGUGGUGGGGGUUUAGGAACCAGACCCUUGCGAAUGUUCUCAUCGGUGUACUCUUUAAUGUACUGCAUAGGUGGAGGGGGCAAAGCACUAACCUGCUGUGGUUCACCCAUGGUGAUCUGGAAAGAAGGAAAACAUGGCCAGACAUGUUCAAUGUAGUGCUGUGGUGUUGUUGAGGAGACACGAUCAAGGCUGCUUGAGUCUCCGUGUACGACACAGUACGCGGCACAUACAGUGGUAUGAAGGUGUGUCGCGGGGGCAGCUGCGAGGCCAGACUUCCAAGGGUCCCCAACUUUGAGGAGACCGCGGAGCAGACGCAGGACAGAGAUGGAGAGAUUCCUCAGUAUUCUCCAUAAAGAGCUGGAGGAGGGUACUUUUAAAAGAAACAUUGAUCAAAAAGUCUCAACAAAAGAAGAGAACAUCGCCGUGUAACUACAAGGAACGUUUUUUUGUCUUGGAUACCAAAGAGCUGAGGUAUUCAGAACACCGUCCUGGCAAAAAGCCGGUACUGAAAGGGAGCAUCAUGUUGUCCAGAAUCAAGUGUGUUGAAAUUGUGUUGUGUGAUCUGCCAAUCCCUUGUGACUACAAAUACCCUUUUCAAGUUUUUCACGACAACCAUUUCCUCUACAUCUAUGCUCCAGACAAUGACUGCCGUCAGAAAUGGGUCAGAACUCUCAAAGAGGAAACAAAAGGGAACAAUUUGGUUUCCAAGUACCACCCAAAUUUCUGGGUUGAUGGUAAAUGGAGAUGUUGUCAACAAAUUCAGAAACUGGCCAUGGGCUGUCACGUGUAUGAGCCAGUGGGUUACGCGUCAAAAAAGCCACUUCCUCAAGUCCCUGAUGGAUCGAAUGUUCCUACAAGGCUGGAAAGUGACUCAGGCCCGAGAUCAGUCAUCGCCCUGCAGGACUACACCCCGCAGGCAAAUGAUGACCUGCCACUACAGAAGGACCAGGAGUACACUCUGAUUGACGGCUCCCAUCCCGACUGGUGGACCGUGCAGGACAAUAAAGGCAACCUGGGCUUUGUUCCGAGCACUCAUGUCACGGAAAAGUGCGCCAACAACAUUGAACAAUUUGAGUGGUACAGCAAAGACGUUAUGAGAGCAGAAGCGGAGGAAUUGUUAAUAAGAGAGGGAAAAGAGGGUGCAUUUAUGGUGAGAGACUCCAGGCAGGCAGGAGUCUACACUGUCUCAGUGUUCACCAAAGCUGCGGGCUUGAACAACGAGAAGAACGCCAGAGUGAAGCAUUACCAAAUCAGACGGACUGAAGGCAGCGAGGCUGCAUUUUACUUGGCGGAGCGGUACCUGUUCAGCACCAUUCCUGAGCUCAUCCAAUACCAUCAACACAACGCUGCAGGUCUGAUAACACGCCUGAGACACAUCGUGUCCCGUGAGAAGAGCUGCUCGCAGGCAGCUGAAGAUCCGGCCCAAGAUCAGUGGGAGGUGCAGUAUGAAGAGCUGCGCUUGGGUCAGGAGUUAGGCUGCGGCCAGUUCGGGUUGGUUGUGGAGGGACGAUGGAGGAACACGAAGGUAGCGGUCAAGAUGUUAAAAGGAGAGGGGAUGUCAGACGAUGACUUCAAAGAAGAGGCCAGAGUAAUGAUGAGAAUGCGCCACUCCAAGUUGGUCCAGCUGUACGGAGUUUGCACCAAGCAGUCUCCGAUGUGUCUGAUCUUCGAGUUCAUGGACAGAGGUUGUCUGUCCGACUACCUGAGAGCCAACAAGGGGAGUUUGAGUCAGAAGGUAAUGAUGGAAAUGUGCCUGGAUGUCAAUGAAGGGAUGGCUUACCUGGAGAGCUCCAACUUCAUCCACCGAGAUCUGGCUGCCCGGAACUGCCUGGUUUCAAAGGACGGUGUGGUGAAAGUGUCUGACUUCGGCAUGACAAGAUUUGUGCUUGACGAUCAGUACACAAGCUCUUUUUGCUCCAAGUUCCCUGUGAAGUGGUCCUCGCCGGAGGUCAUCAGACACAACAAGUUUAGCAGCAAGUCUGACGUGUGGUCAUUUGGUGUACUCAUGUGGGAGGUGUACAACGAAGGCCGACUUCCGUAUGAGAACCGCUCCAACUCCGAGGUGGCGGAGUCAUUGAAUGCUGGCCUGAGGCUUCUGAAACCACGUCUGGCGCCAGAACCUGUGUAUCUGCUCAUGGACUGGUGCUGGAAGGAGAAACCAAGCGCUCGUCCAACUUUCGCUCAGCUGUUGAACGAACUCACCAUCCUGUCAAGCGGUUAGAGGACCUCACCCUUUUAUUUAUUUAUUUAUGUGUUGAAUUUUUUUUAUGUCAAUGUCAAUUUGCACUUUAUUUCUUUUGAUACAGAUGUUUAAAUAUUGAACUUCUUUAUUGUGAAGUUUAUGUCUCUGUUACAACAAUAAACUGGUGUCAAACUACACCUUUGUGAGGCUUGUUUUUAGUGGCAGUGGUAUGAACAUUAAGGCAAAAAAUAUAAACACUGUAAAAUUACCGAAAUGAAUAUUUGAACAAUAAUUCUAAAUAAAA